AUAAGGCGGAAGCAACGCUCGUCCCGAUGCCACACGACGGAUAUUGUUGCCUGAGCGCUAGCAACACGACGACGCAGCUUGCCGGUCGUCUCUUGAUUCUGUCACCUACGCUUCACUUCUGAGGAGAAAGAUCACGUGCUUCGAGAUGCAGAGCUCCCUGUACUGUCUUCUUCUGUUGGGCUGCGCGCUGGUCCUCAUACCCAGCCUUACUCCCAGCGUGUCGGCCAAACCCACGGACCCUGAUCAGUUGGCAGCCAUGGCGGACACCCUCAAGUAUCUGCAGGAGCUUGACCGCUACUACUCCCAGGUUGCCAGACCAAGCCCGCGCAGUGACUCUGGCCGGCAUCGGGAGCUCUCCAAGGUGGAGAAUGCUCUGAAAAUGCUGCAACUUCAAGAAUUGGAUCGCUUUUACUCUCCGCGUACCCGGCCAAGGUUCGGCAAGAGGGCAGAGCUGAGACCGGUAGCUGAACAGGACACCUCUCCUGACGAUUCCAAUGACAGAAUGUGGCGACGCUUUUCCAGCAGGAGGUGAGGUGCACAUGAAGUCAGGCGCUGAACCAGCACACCGCCAGUUACAACAAUCAUGAUCUUACUAUUUGUUAAACCUUCGUCUUAAAAAGAUUUCAGCCGUAGUUGAGUAUUUUAACGUGAAACAGCAUUAACAACGAUGUAACAACUUGUGCCCUGUAAAGUAUACAGAAGUUUGUGAUGGUGUCUGUAAAUCCAUAUAACCUGCUAGUUGUUUUCCCAGCUUUUCUUUUGUGCUCUUGGAAUUCCAUUAAUUUCUGUAGUAAAGAAAUGUUCAUCACAUAUUAUUGUACAGUAUUGUCCUGAGUAAAAUAUAAUUUUACCUAUAAAUUUUA